AUGGUCGCUAUCGCAAAGCCACUUGUGCUGCCACCCAACGUCAGCAACCAUGCCUUUAACAACUUCAUAACAGCUUGUCGAGAUGUUGGCGGCGAGAACAUUGAGGUCAUAUCCUCCGCGUCUCAGAUCAACGACGGCAAUUACAUGAAGCCAAACUACACGCAUGACCCUCAUCACAUCUUGAAGCAAGAUUUCUUCCUCGCUUCAGCUGUCGUCGCCCCCCGCAACGUCGCCGAUGUGCAGACUAUCGUCAAGGCUGCGAACAAGUACCUUGUACCACUAUGGCCUAUCAGUAUCGGGAGAAACUCGGGCUACGGAGGCGCCGCUCCACGUGUAUCUGGUAGCGUAGUCGUUAAUAUGGGGGUCACAUUUCACGAUUUUCAUACCUACCUCGUCGAGAAUAACCUUCGUGACAAGCUUUGGCUUGACGUGCCUGAUCUCGGUGGUGGUUCGGUUCUGGGGAAUACUAUGGAGAGAGGUGUCGGCUACACGCCUUACGGUGAUCACUUCAUGAUGCAUUGCGGUAUAGAGCUAGUCUUACCGAGUGGCGAGGUCAUUCGUACUGGUAUGGGUGCGCUACCUCAUCCUCACGAGAAGGGCGGCGUUCCUCCCCAAGACCAACCUUGGAACGACUCGGCGCAGUUGUUUAACUACGGCUUCGGUCCUUACGUUGAUGGAAUAUUCACUCAAUCCAAUCUAGGUAUCGCUACGAAGAUGGGCAUGUGGCUCAUGCCGAACCCGGGUGGUUAUCAGUCAUAUCUCAUCACGAUUCCUCGUGAGGACGACUUGAAGCAAGCUGUUGACAUCAUACGACCGCUGCGAUUGAAUAUGGUUCUCCAGAAUGUACCUACGAUCCGGCAUAUUCUUUUGGAUGCCGCUGUUUUGGGUCAUAAAUCCGAUUACACUUCAGACAUCAACAAGCCUCUUACAGACGCGGAACUAGACGCUAUAGCUAAGAAGCUUGACCUUGGUCGAUGGAACUUCUACGGUGCGCUUUACGGACCCCAGCCAAUCCGUGACGCGAUGUGGGCUGUUGUUAAAGAGUCUUUCUCGGCCAUACCAGGAGCAAAAUUCUACUUCCCGGAAGACCGAAAGGAGGCAAACUCAAUCUUGCAUACGCGCCACAAAACUAUGCAAGGAAUUCCCACUUACGAUGAGCUGAAAUGGUUGGAUUGGUUACCAAAUGGCUCGCAUCUCUUCUUCUCGCCAAUUUCUAGAGUGAAUGGCGAUGACGCGACUAGGCAAUUCGCUCUCACCAAAGCGCGGUGCCAUGAAGCUGGCCUUGACUUCAUCGGUACGUUCACGAUUGGUAUGCGCGAAAUGCAUCAUAUCGUAUGUAUCGUCUUCAAUCGCGAAGACGAUGAACAAAAGAAGAAGGUUGUAUGGCUGAUCAAGACGCUGAUUGAUGAUUGUGCCAAGCAAGGGUGGGGAGAGUACCGAACACAUCUUGCAGCUAUGGAUCAGAUCAUGGACACAUACUCGUUCAAUAACAACGUCUUCAGGCGAUUUAAUGAGACGAUCAAGAACGCAGUUGAUCCUAAUGGAAUUCUUGCGCCAGGCAAAUCGGGGAUUUGGCCGAAGCAGUAUGAUCGCAGGCAGUGGAAGCUAUAG